UUCCAAAGUUCUAACCCCACUCCAUUGCUUCAUCCAUAUUUCUGGUGGCAGUUAUGUUAUGAAAGCAACAUCAUAUUUCAAAGGAUCCUCUCAAAUUAAUGUCUUUCACAGAAUCGUCGUUACAGUGUGGAGAAAUGGAAAAGUAUGUUACAGAAACAGUUGUUGUUGGAGUUGUUUCAUGGACAUCAGCAUUUGUUAUACUGAGAAGAGUAUUCCCCAAACGCUCUUUUGAUUUCUGCAACCGCCUUGUGUCCACUCUCCAUGCAACUUUAGCAGUGACAUUGGCUUGGCUCUCUAUUGAAGAUUGGAGGUGUCCAAUAUGUAGUGUGGGGUCAAAAUCUUCACCCCAACAGAUGCAAGUUCUGGCAGUGAGCCUUUCUUAUCUGAUUUAUGAUCUUGCUUGUUGUCACUUUGGUGAGAGUGUCAAUCUAGACAACACUGUCCACCAUUUGGUAAGCAUUGUUGGAAUUGGAGCAGGUCUUUUCUAUCAAAAGUGUGGCUCAGAAAUGGUGGCGACAAUAUGGAUAACAGAAAUAUCAAGUCCAUGUUUGCAUUUGAGGGAGCUUCUGAAAGAGCUUGGUUACAGAGAUACCCCCCUUAAUUUGGCUGCUGAUAUUCUGUUUGCUGCCAUAUUUACUUUUGCUAGGAUGUUGGUGGGACCGUGUAUCACUUACAUGACUUUAUCUGCUGACUAUCCACUUCUCAUAAAGGCUAUGGGAUUGGGUUUGCAGCUGGUAAGUGCAUUCUGGUUCUUCAAGAUUGUUAGAAUGAUAAAACGGAAAUUAAGCAAGGAGCCUAAGAAAAAGGAGUCAACAACAGCAACAUAAAAAGGACUACCGACUGGCAAUUGCAAUUUAAAUUAUGUACUGAGGGGUGUGAGAAGGUACAAAAGUAUGGUACGGUCUAAUAAAUG